AUGUUUCGGACAGAGAAGUGGAUUCUUCACAAGGAAAUAGACGCCAAGGAUGCAAUCAUUCAUAAGACCGUCGACAAUAAGGAAGGAAUGAAACACUACCUGUUCCUCCAGUUUCGCUUCAAGGACGUGAAACUGGGCCUGGGACAGCUUGCAGCGCAAUGCGUCGUAUUUUUCGUGGCGGGCUUUGAGACACCGGCAACAACCAUGGGAAUUGCGCUGCACGAACUGGCCUGGAACCAGGAUAUCCAGAGGAAACUGCAGCAGGAGGUGGACGACACACUGAAGGAGUCUGGCGGACAGCUGACGUACGACGGCGUCAUGAGCGUGACGUAUCUUGACAAAGUUAUUUCAGAGACGCUGCGGAAGUAUCCUCCGGUGCCGCUGCUGAACCGCGAGGUGACGCAGCCGUACAGCGUGCCGGGCACCGACUGGACGCUGGAGAAGGGCGUCGCCGUCUUCUUCCCUGUGAUGGCGAUGCAGUACGACCCGCAGUACUUCCCGCACCCGGAACGCUUCGAUCCAGAGCGCUUCUCGGAAGAAGAGAAGAGCAAAAGGCCCAGCUGCGUGUAUCUGCCGUUUGGCGAUGGACCACGAGCUUGUAUCGGUAUGCGGUUCGGCAUCAUGCAGACAAAAAUCGGCCUGGUUAGCCCGCUUAGUCAGCUGAACAUCGAGCCUCGAGCAGGCAUGGGUAAGGAGCUCACUAUGAAUCCACGUUCGUUCAUCCUGAACCCGGUGUCUGGGAUUCAGCUGCGUUACACCGCAAGAGCUAAACAGAAUAAAUGA